AUGGGCUCCCCUAACCUCCCUUCCCCCCCAGCGGAAGACAGCAAAGUGAAAAAAAUCACUGCAAAAGCCACAAAGCCAGCCCAUCGCGCUUCUAAGCGUGCCAACACCGCCUCUGCCGCUCAUCACCAUGAAAUUAUCGCUGGCGCCGCUGGCAUGGACGGCCGCCACAAGAGAGUGUGGAAGGCCUGUGAGCGCUGUCGGAUGAAGAAGACCAAGUGCGACGGCGAGUUUCCUUGCAAACGUUGCAAGGACGAUGGACUCGUCUGCACUGCUGGCAUUCGAAAGAAGAUGGAGUACAAGCAGUUGCCGAGAGGCUACGCCGAAGUUCUCGAGAGCACGCAGCUCACUCUGAUCGCCACCAUCCACAAGCUGUACUCCAUGGUCCGCACCUCCCAACCCUGGGAUCUCGGCGAGCCAGACGUCAACGAACGUGGCCAGCCAGUCGUACACAACAUUGCCCAGAAGCUUGGAUGCAUCCGUCCCAAUUGCGACAUCGAUCUUCCCGCUCACUCAGUAUUUCCCGAGGAUGAGACCAGCAUGGCUGAACUCGCCCGUCAGCUCGAAGAGCAACAGCCUCACGAACACGAUGCACCCAGCUCCCACUCUGCCACUACCACUACAAGGGAAGGCGAAUCAUCGACCUACACGCGUACCGACCGAGCAUCUUCUUCCGAACUUGACCAUUCCGAUGUGGAACAAGAUUACCGCAAGAUGGCCUUUGGAAGCCACAAUGCCCUGUCCCUGUCUCCACAGAGCUUUGCCAGUGGCAGCGACUUCGAGUUCAGUACGACACCAAUAGAUCUUGACGCCGGCGCGAUGUUUUCAACACAAUCAUCAUCAUCAAUGCCAGACUUUUCUUCUUCGUGGGUCGCGGUUCCCAAAGCUCGACAGCUGCAGCAGCAGCAGCAACAACAACAACAACAACAACAACAACAACAACAACAACAACAACAACAACAACAACAACAACAGCAGCAGCAGCAGCAGCAAGAGCCGUCAAAUACGAUAUCGAUGCCAUUCAUGCAGCAGCCGAGCUCUUUGCAGAACCUCGUGAUGAUGAAUCAGGACGCCCUUGAUGCGGACUUUGGCACAAUCAAGCCCGAUAUCUUAUCCUACGUCAACCCGGAUGUCAUGAUGGGCAUGUCGGAUCCGAUGAUUUAUGCUGGCUUUGAUAACGACAACAUGAGACUAUAG